AUGGCGGACUCGUGGGUAUGGUGCACGGGGGCUGAGGCUGUUGAGGCUGUCGUGGCAAAUAUGCGCGAACACGCUGCUGAUGUUGAGCUUCAGCGGGACGGCUGCCUCACGCUGCGCAACAACAUGCGUGCAGGCAGGUAUGCGUGCAGGCAGGCGAUGGUGGAUGCGGGCGGGCUUGCGGCUGUGGUGGCGGCGAUGGUCGGUCACCCCGCAGAUCUUUUGCUGCAGCGGGCUGGCUGCGACGUGCUGUGGAACAUGGCUGCCGGCAGCGACGCGCGCAAGCAGGCGGUGGUGGACGCGCGCGGGCUUGCAGCUGUGGUGGCGGCGAUGGGCAGGCACGCUGCUGAUGUGGAGCUGCAGCGGUAUGGCUGCCUCACGAUGAACAUUUUGGCUUCGGGCAGCGACGCGCGCAGGCAGGCGGUGGUGGACGCGGGCGGGCUUGCAGCUGUGGUGGCGGCGAUGGGCAGGCACGCUGCAGAUGUGCAGCUGCAGUGGGCUGGCUGCGGCGCGCUGCAGAACAUGGCUUUCGGCAGCGACGCGUGCAAGCAGGCGGUGGUGGACGCGGGCGGGGCUGCGGCUGUGGUGGCGGCCAUGGGCAGGCACGCUGCAGAUGUGGAGCUGCAGCGGAAUGGCUGCGGCGCGCUGCUGAACAUGGCUGGCGGCAGCGACGCGCGCAAACAGGCGGUUUUGGACGCGGGCGGGCUUGCAGCUGUGGUGGCGGCGAUGGUCGGGCACGCUGCAGAUGUGGAGCUGCAGCGGGCUGGCUGCGGCGCGCUGCGCAAUAUGGUUUUCGGCAGCGACGCGUGCAUCCAGGCCGUGGUGGACGCGGGCGGGGCUGCGGCUGUGGUGGCGGCGAUGGGCAGGCACGCUGCAGAUGUGCAGCUGCAGUGGGCUGGCUGCGGCGCGCUGCGCAACAUGGCUGUCGGCAGCGGCGCGCGCAAGCAGGCGGUUUUGGACGCGGGCGGGCUUGCAGCUGUGGUGGCGGCGAUGGGCAGGCACGCUGCAGAUGUGCAGCUGCAGUGGGCUGGCUGCGGCGCGCUGCUGAACAUGGCUGGCGGCGACGCGUGCAAGCAGGCGGUGGUGGACGCGGGCGGGGCUGCGGCUGUGGUGGCGGCGAUGGACGGGCACGAUGCGGACGUAGAGCUGCAAAGGUUGGGCUGCGACGCGCUGCGCAACAUGGCCAUCGGCAGCGACGCGUGCAAGCAGGCCGUCGUGGAUGCGGGCGGACUUGCGGCUGUAGUGGCGGCGAUGGGCAGGCACGCUGCAGAUGUGCAGCUGCAGUGGGCUGGCUGCGGCGCGCUGCUGAACAUGGCUGGCGGCAGCGACGCGCGCAGGCAGGCGGUGGUGGACGCGCGCGGGGCUGCGGCUGUGGUGGCGGCGAUGGGCAGGCACGAUGCGGACGCAGAGCUGCAAAGGUUGGGCUGCGGCGCGCAGCGGAACAUGGCUUUGGGCAGCGACGCGUGCAAGCAGGCGGUGGUGGACGCGGGCGGGCUUGCAGCUGUGGUGGCGGCGAUGGGCAGGCACGCUGCUGAUGUGGAGCUGCAGCGGUAUGGCUGCGGCGCGCUGCAGAACAUGGCUGUCGGCAGCGACGCGUGCAAGCUAGCCAUUCUUGGCGCGGGUGGCCUUGCCGCCCUCGUUGCAGCUGGCACCGCCCACCCUACCUGCCACGCAUCCGUCUCUUUGACUGUUCGCCGCUUGCUCGGCGACCUCGGCGCCUUCGCCCCCGCCGAUCCAGCGCCGCCACCGAUACCGCCACCAGUAGCUGAGCUCGCCGAGGCUGAGCGGGCUCGCCAGCGUGCCGAGCAGCGGGCACAGCAGGAGCAGGAGCAGCGACAGGAGGCAGAACGGCGUGCGCAGGCCUCCCACCAGCGCGAGCAGGAGCUCCAGCAGCAGCUGACGAUCGUGGCGACGUCCAACGAGCUCGACGAGGGCGCCUUCCUCCGGCGCUUCGUCGCCUUCCGUCAGUACGUCGAGAUGUUGCUGGAGUACUUGCCAUCAAAGACGGCGCGCAGCAAACCGUGGAGACUGAAGGUGCGGCGCAACCAGCUUUGCCGCGACGUCAUCGAGUACUUCUCGCCCACGAACGCCAGACAGAAGCUCUUCCAGCGCACCGAGGUGACAUUCAUCGACGCGCACGGCGGCGAGGAGGAGGGGGAGGACCUCGGCGGUCUGACUGUCGAGCUCUACUCUUGCUUCUUCCGCGAGGUGCUGCUCGCCGGCUCCGGCCUCUUCGAGGGCGCCGGCGACGAUGCGUCGACGAGCAUCGGGCUGCUGCCCUCGCCCACCGCCGACCUGCAGUCGAUGAACAACAUCGGCCGCAUCAUGUGCCGGUGCGUGCUCGACGACCAGCCCCUCGGCCGCGGGCUCGGUCGUUUCGUCUUCGAGUUUCUGGCAGACACGCACGAGUGGCGCGUCUUCAAGGAUGUGCACUCCGCGCUAGCCGCGCUCUCCGACUUCGACCCCGAGCUCUCGCAGCGGUGGGCGCAGCUGCUCGUGCAGCCGACCGCCGGCUUGACGCUCGACUUCUUCGACGAGGACGCGGCGGCGGAGGAGGUGCCGCCGGAGAGCGCGGCGAUGGAGCGGGCGGUGCUGGCCGGCUGCCGCCACAAGCUGCUCGUCAGCCGGGAGGCGAGCCUCCGCGCGCUGCGCGACGGUUUCACGGAGGUCGUGGACCUCCGGGAGCAGCUCGGCGCGCUCAGCGCCUCCGAGCUGCUACUCAUGCUGCGCGGAAACACCGAGCUGAGCUGCGAGGAGCUGCUCGCGUGCUUCGCGUGGCCGGACACGUCGGACAGUGCCGCGGCGAAGGCGGGCUUCGCGGCCGCCGGCUCCGACGCGCCGCGCUACUUGCGCGAGAUCAUCCUCGACGAGUCACCCGAGACGGGGCUGGGCAGUCUCGGGCGGAUGCGGCUGCUCGAGUGGAGCACGGCGCUCACGGCGCUGCCCUGCGGCGGCCUCAAGGACCCGAUCACCCUCAAGCUCUACGAGGGCGCCGACGUGCACGACUUGCCCAACGUCCACACCUGCACACACGAGGUGCACUUGCCGCCGUAUGCGACCCGUCAACAACUGCAGGCGAAGCUGCUGCAGGCAGUAGAGCAUCGGCACGACGGCUUUCUGAUCGAGUAA